CCCGCCCUCGUGAGGUCAUCAGGCUGCGACACUCGGUAUCGGCGGUGCCGUGGGAGGCGGUGGCAGGAUGGAAGGGGAGGUCACUUUAGAUUCGGUCUAUCAAGCCGUCCAAGCUUUGUACCAUCAUCCAGAGCCACAGGGCAAAGAGAGGGCCUCAGCCUGGCUGGAUGAAUUCCAGAAAUCGAUGUUUUCGUGGCAGAUCUCUGACCAGCUGCUGCGGCUCCAGCGUGACAUCGAGUCAUGCUAUUUUGCUGCCCAAACGAUGAAGAUGAAGAUUCAGUACUCAUUUUAUGAGCUACCCCCGGAGAUGCACUCCUCACUCCGCGACUCUCUGCUCACGCACCUGGAGUGCCUGAAGGACCUGUCCCAGGCCAUCGUCACACAGCUAGCUCUUGCUGUUGCAGACCUUGCCAUACAGAUGACAUCAUGGAAAAGCUGUGUCCAGACGCUAAUUGAGAAAUAUGGCAAUGACGAGUCUGCACUCCCGUUCCUGCUGGAGAUUCUGACAGUGCUCCCAGAAGAAGUGCACAGCCGCUCACUACGAAUUGGCACCAACCGAAGGACUGAGGUCAUCGAGGACUUGGCCUACAAUGCCAGCCUGGUGAUUGGCUUAUUGACAGCCUACAUGGAGCGCUGUAGUCACGAUGAGAAGUUGGUGAUUAAAGUCUUCCGAUGCUUGAUGAGCUGGAUUAACCUGGGCAUCCUGCACACUGAUCACAUCGCUAACAGCCAGUUAUUGGUGGCACUCUUCCAAGUCCUUAGGCACAACCAGACGUCCUCAAACCUGCACGAGGUGGCGAGUGACUGUGUGUGCGCAGCACUUUAUGCAGUCGAGGGCUUGCAGGAGAGUCUACGGCUGGCACUACAGCUGCAGGAAGGGGUGACAGCACUGGAGGAAGCCUACCAUACUGCAGUCGCCUGUGAGGACAUGGACAAGGCACUGAACUAUUGCCGAAUUUUCACUGAACUGGCAGAAACACUGUUGGAGAUGGUCAUCCGUUCACCAGGACAGGGAUUGGGUGAUCUCAAAACGCUCAACCUCAUCUUAAACUGUGUUGGACAUGAGCAGUAUGAGGUGGCGGAAAUCACAUUCAAUUUCUGGUAUCGGCUAGCCGAAACUCUGCACAGGAUGAAGGACCCCUCGGUAAACCAGAUCUUCCGGCCGUAUUUCCAGAGACUUACUCAGUCGCUCACUUUCCACUCCCAGAUGGACCCUGAUCACGAGGGAGUUCUGGAUGAGACGGAUGAUUUUUACGAGUUCAGACUCCGGGUCUCUGAUCUUCUGAAAGAUAUUAUAUUCCUCAUUGGAGCUUCGGAGUUCUUCUCGCGGUUGUAUUCAACACUGAAAGAUGGCAGCCCAGCCUGGGAGGAGACGGAAGCUGUGCUUUUCAUCAUGACAGCAUUGGUGAAAAACCUAAACCCGGAAAAGGAACAAAGGCUGGGAGAUGUUGUUCAGGCAGUAAUCAGCCUCCCUGACAAUACUCAUUUAGCAGUACAACAUUCUGGAGUCCAGCUGUUGGGUGAAAUGGGUGAAUACAUCAACAACGUGCGAUGUCUAGAACUGGUGCUUAAUUUCCUAACCCAACGCUUGAAACAAAAGGAGUUAGCGAAUGCAGCUGCCAAUUCAAUCCAGAAUAUCUGCGCCAUGUGCAGCGACGCGAUGACUCGACACAUGGAAGGCCUGCUGCAGGUCGCCUCAUCCCUGGAUGCCCUCCCCAUCUCUUACGAAUCCUCCAUCGGGCUUCUGCGAGGUGCCUCCUUGGUGUUAUCUCGGAUGCCAUCAGACAAAAUCGAAGAGACCUUCCAGCGCCUUUGUUCCAUGCAAGUCACUGCUCUAAAGAAACUGCUGACAUCUGAGCAGAUCAAUGGCUUCUCAGCAGACCCAGCUGUAUGGUUGGACAGACUGGCAGCAAUAUUCAGGCAUACCAACGCAACAGUGGGUGAAGGGAGGCCACACCCCUGCCAGAAAGUCAUUCAGGAGAUAUGGCCAGUGAUUUCUGAAACGCUGUACAGGCACCAGGCAGAUAAUAGGAUGGCGGAGCGGUGUUGUCGGUGCCUGCGUUUUGCAAUCAGAUGUGUGGGUAAAGGAUCUGCUAUGUUAAUUCAGCCCCUGGUGUCUCAGAUGGUGAGUGUGUACCAGUCCCAUCAACACUCCUGUUUCCUGUAUCUUGGCAGUAUUCUGGUGGAUGAGUAUGGCAGUGAGGAGAGCUGCACGCAGGGCCUGCUCGAAAUGAUGCAGGCAUUUUGUGGACCAACAUUUCGGCUGCUCGAACAACCUCGAGGUUUCCAGAAUCAUCCUGACACUGUGGAUGACCUUUUUCGCUUGGCAACGAGAUUCAUUCAGCGAAGUCCAGUUGUUUUGAUCCAAAGCCCAGUGAUGUCCUUAAUCAUUCGAUGUGCAUUGACAGCAACAACGCUGAACCACCGAGAUGCCAACUCCAGUGUGAUGAAAUUCCUGCAGGAUCUGGUUCACGUGGCAACAAUCAAUAAGCACAAAGAAGAUUUUGAGCUCCGGAAGAACCUGGUCCAUAGAUUUCUCGGGGAGAGCGGAGCACUGCUUGUUGCGCAACUUGUACAGGCGUGCUGCUUCUACCUUGUCCCGAGCAUGCUGGGUAACGUGGCUGACGUCAUGUGGGAACUCCGCAUUUUUGAUCGGAAGACAUUCUGUGGGUGGCUGGAAGACGCUCUCAAAGCCCUACCAAAGGAGCUUUCGGCUGGGGCUAUUACAGCUACAGAGAAACAGAUGACAGAAUUCCAUAAACAGGUCAUGUGUGCUGAAGAUGCUACAAUGAUAGGUUGGUCCCUGAUGGAAUUCUCUGGGUUCUACAGGUAACACCAUCAAGUCACCAAGGAAGUAUGAUUUGUACAAAGUCCUUCCUCUGGAGUCAGCGACACCAUUAAAAGUGAGGAAUAAAUUAGUCAGAACUCAUUAAACUGGAAAGAAAGCAACAGCAACUGAAUUCCACAAGGGAUUAUCCAACUGGUUGCGGGUGGGUGGGGAAACGGGACAAAUCUUAUCCAGUUAUUUAAAGGGGUAUUUUGUUAAGAUUAUACUCAUGUAAUUGGGGCGGUACGGUGGUUCAGUGGUUAGCACUGCUGCCUCACAGCACCAGGGUCCCAGGUUCGAUUCCAGCUUUGGGCGACUGUGUGUGAGGAGUUUGCACAUUCUCCCCGUGUCUGCGUGGGUUUCCUCCAGUUUCCUCCCACAGUCCAAAGAUGUGCAGGUCAGAUGAAUUGGCCAUGCUAAAUUGCCCGUAGUAUUAGGUGCAUUAGUCAGAGGCAAAUGGGUCUGGGUGGGUUACUCUUAAGAGCGUCGGUGUGGACUGGUUGAGCCGAAGGGCCUGUUUCCACACUGUAGGAAAUCUGAUCAAAAAACUAUCAUGACUUCAGAAACAAAGGAUGGUGUUCUAGUUGUCUCAAUCAAGAUGAAUUCAUCAAAUAGAAUUGUGUGUUACAGUUGCACCUUGUUUCAAUUCUGGCUUCAGAAAUGGGCACCAUCCAAAAUGGAGGUGGCUCAAUGCUGUGUUGGCUUUCACUGCAUAUGACAAGGUCAGACGGGGGUUAUUCUGUAUAACUUGCACAAUAGUCAUUCAAGGAAGUACCAGAGUAUAUUGAGUUAAUAUAAGGUGAUUGCAUUGUAAUAUUGACCGAUAAGGAUGGUAGUGUUCAUUGUGGACUGUGUAUUUGAAAGGUGAAUACUGUCAACUUGCAUUGCCAUUGUCAGAAAGUGAAAAAACAGUUGCUCUGACUUGAAAAUGCACCAUUUUGAAUCUCUUGUGCUGAUAUCAAAUGAGUUAUCUAGGGGGACGCAAAGAUCUGAUGAUUAAUCUGGGCCUUAGAGCUUAUCCAAAAAUGUCUGGGCUGAUUAAAGGAGGACUGACCCAAAGCAUGCACACAACUUAACUUUUCCCAGUUUAGGUAACUUCAUUAGCAGUGUGCCUCAGCUAGUAGCACUCACCUUAAAUCAGAAAGUGGUUGGUUCAAGGUCUUGAAAAUGCGCAAUCCAGUCUGAAUGCUGAGGAAGUGUUGCCUUGUUAGUGGAUUGUAUUUUCGGACUAGGAAUAUCUUCAGUGGUGUCAUUAUUCCCCUCUAAAGCUUCAACCCCUAAAAUAUUAACUGGCAAUUUAUCAUAUUUGAUAUUUGUUGGACAUCUGUAAUCCUGGCAGCUACUCUGACUCCUUUGAGAACUGGGCAAGUGCAUAUUUGUUACUUUAGUCCGAGCCUACUGUCAAAGCAGCGUUCUGAAACAAAUCUCUGAAUCUGGUGGGGUUUCCUCGAAAAAGAUUAGAGAUUGUCCUUACUGACCCUUCUCUUCUCCCCCGUUCCUCAACAUGAUUCUCCUGAAUUAAGAGGGCACGUAAUGAUUUAAGAACCGUAUCUUUUAAGAUUCUGUUGCUGCCUGUCACAAACAUGCAGUGGUCACUGUUUGCAUUGUAAACAAGCACCUUUUAAGCAUAUUUCUUAAAUGGAGCUCAAAGCCACCUGCUUACUUGAGUGACAGUUUCUGGCAGAGCUAACUCAGGCAAAUUUGUGUGGGAUGCAGCAGCUGAAAUGUUAGCCAUGGUGACAGUCAGCAGUAUUUAUGUGAACAGUGAGUAAGAUAAAAGCAAAUGAGCAUUGCCUUCAGAUGAUUGUUAGGAAAGGAUCUUCUUAUAGGUCUGUGGUGCAGGUUUAUUGCUGUAUUUCUUAGGAGCAACAUUUAGGCCAUUUGGCCCCUUGAACCUGCUCUACCAUUCAAUAAGAUGGUAACUGAUCUGGUUGUACUCCCACUUACAUUUUCCUGUCUACACUCCAUACUUUGUGUUGCAAAGAUUUGAAUAAAUUUUAAAUCCCAGCCUCCCCUAUUUUGUGGGGAAGAGAAUUCCACGCACUACACCACGUUCCCCCUCCUUUUUGCAGUCACUUCACAGAUCUCCGUGCACAGCAGUGACUUCCGGAACUGGAAGUCAGUUUGUCAACACGCCUGUCGGCGUGCACCGAUCCUCCAAACGGCUCAGAGGGAACACUGCCCCUCAGAGAAAAUGAUCCUCUCUGUUUUAAAAGAGAGUCCUCUUAUUCUUUCUGAGAUCUGCAUUUUGUCCUGUCUCUGUACAGCUGAUUGUCCGUGUCAGUCCCACCUUGGUGAAUCCUGCUCAGUACUCCUGGUGCUGGCACUCACUGGGGCAAAGAAUGCAGCAGGUCCUGGACCUGAAUUUAGUUUAGACACUGUCAAUAAAUCCAGGAGCAGAAUGUGCCCUUCUGAACGUCGUUGGACGACCAGAAGGUCCACACUGGGCUCACAGCAGGAAGAGCAGUGGCCAACUGUGUCCACAUGAGCACCAGCAGCACUGAAUUCACUAGAGGAGGGGGAGUGUUCUGCUCAUAUGCAGCAGGGAAUGCGAGAAGCUGAUUGAGAUCUUCUCUUAAGUGAGGUUGAGCAGUGUGCCAGGUUGUUUGGUAAACCUCAUGGAAACUACACUGGCUCUGGGGUGAGGUGAAGAGAUACAUAGAUCGGGAGGUCACUGUUGAUGUGCCCAGUCACAGUGCGAUGACAUUUCCUUAUUCCGUUACUGAUUCCUGACGCCUCUGGGCAGACGGCUGCCAAUGGGCAGUGGUCAGCUGAAUUCCUUGGGUGCCAUUUGCUGAACCGAGUAGACUUUUGGGGAGGGAGGGUGUUGGGGGUGGAGAGACAAAAGCAACGCAAACUAGUGAUGGGUUUUUUAAAGUUUUUUUUUAAUAACAGGCUUAAACAAUUCAGAACAAGUUCUAUUUUUUCAGUUUUGCAGCAGUUUAAAAGCAGAUGUUAAAUGCAAAUAUCUUGUCCUCUGUGUACUGUGCAGUCCUUUCAAAUGUGAGUUAAUUUAACACUCGUGUUGUGCUGUCUGAUUCAUGUGAAAUAUUUUGUCUGUGUUUAGUGGUGGUAUUAAUGUGUGCCAGUGUAAAGAAUUUUGUUUUAUAUUAAACUUU